AGUUUUGCGUGACACAUGAAAAUGAAAAACGAAGAAACUCUCAUUUCCAUCUGCAAAUACAAGUCUAAUGCUCUCUCAGAUCUUCUCCUGCUCCUCUUGGAACCAUGUCUUCCUCCUCAGACUCCGAAUCCAACCCAGGGACAACCCCACGCCACGCCCACUCUCUCUCUUCCACUCCGAAAAGUUCCCCGCUUUUCCGAGAUUCCGGUUCCGGAUCGGCCCAGGAAUCUUCGUCCCUCUCCCGGUUACAUAGCGCCCACAGGUCGAGUCAGGACGAGAAGAUUCACCUACGAGCGAGGAGGAAGGUGGGUCGGGUUUGGCACAGGAGGCGAGUGAAGGUGAUUGUGGGUGUAAUUGGAUCGGUGGGUUUAUUUUUCUUAACGAAUUGGUGGAUGCUUUCGCGCCUUUACGAUGCGGGCCGCGGUGUCAAGAGCAGCUCAAGAAUUGCGAAUUCGUCUUUGAUUUCGGUUCAGGGAGGAUUGAAAAAGCUUAAUAAAGGGAAAAGGCCGCAGAUUCAUUCCCGGAUGCUGGCAUUAGCAGCCCAUGCCUUGGCUGAUGGACAGAAUAAACCUGAGCCAAAAGGUUUAUGGGAGGAGCCCAUGGUCCCAGCUUCUGUUUGGAGACCUUGUGCCCACCAACGUAACUGGGAACCUAGUGAGGGAAAUAAUGGAUACAUUUUGGUUACUGCAAAUGGUGGUAUCAACCAGCAGCGAGUAGCUGUCUGUAAUGCUGUUGUCAUUGCUCGAUUUCUUAAUGCAACUCUUGUUGUUCCCAAAUUUUUGUUCAGUAGUGUAUGGAGAGAUGUGAGUCAAUUCAGCGAUAUAUAUCAGGAGGAGCAUUUUGUCAAUUACUUGACACCUGAUAUUCGGAUAGUGAAAGAACUUCCUAAGGAGCUGCAGUCAUUAGAUUUGGAGGCAAUUGGUAGUGUUGUGACAGACGUAGAUAUCAUGAAAGAGUCCAAGCUUAGCUUUUAUCGGAAGAAUAUUCUUCCUAUACUACUUCAAAAGAGAGUCGUCCAUUUUGUUGGAUUUGGAAAUCGUUUGGCAUUUGACCCAAUACCAUUUGAGUUGCAGAGACUUCGAUGUAGAUGUAAUUUUCAUGCAUUGCGAUUUGUUCCAAAAAUACAAGAAACUGGUGCCUUGCUUCUCAAAAAGAUGCGUCAGAAUGUACGUCGCUCUGGGCCUCUGGAUCACUAUCUUGUUGGUCCAUUUGCUGAAUCAACUAUGAAGGGGAAGAAGAAUCGUGCCACAAAAUCUUCCAGAUACUUAGCUCUACACUUGAGGUUUGAAAUUGACAUGGUAGCCCAUUCUUUGUGUGAUUUUGGUGGGGGAGAAGAAGAGAGGCAAGAGUUGGAAGCAUUUCGUGAAAUACAUUUCCCUGCGCUGGCCCUUCUUAAGAAGACUACAAAGCUACCUUCUCCUGAAGAACUGAGGGCAGAUGGUCAAUGUCCAUUAACGCCUGAAGAAACAGUUCUUAUGCUUGUUGCUCUUGGUUUCAACCGCAAGACUCAUAUAUUCUUGGCAGGUUCACAAAUAUAUGGAGGGAGGUCAAGAUUGGCUGCUUUGACCACCUUGUAUCCUAAUUUGGUUACUAAAGAGAACUUGCUUUCAUCAUCUGAGAUUGAACCCUUUAAGAAUUUCUCAUCUCAGCUAGCAGCCUUAGACUUUAUUGGCUGCACUGCUGCUGAUGCAUUUGCCAUUACAGACUCUGGGAGUCAGUUAUCAUCUUUGGUAUCUGGUUAUCGGAUAUACUACGGUGGUGGUAGAUUGCCAACAGUCCGGCCAAACAAACGCAGACUUGCAAGCAUCUUUUUGAAGAACUCCACUAUAGAAUGGAGCAUGUUUGAGAAGAGAGUGAGGAAGGCAGUUAGACAAACUAAAACGAUCCAUAGAAGAUCUAUUUCAAGGAGUGUCUACAGGAACCCACGCUGUAGAGAAUGCAUGUGCACGACUGAAUAGUGGCUUAUGUAAUUAAUGAGACGAUAUUUGACUAGAUAUCAACUUCUGGAAGAAGAAAAUGGAUGCAGGGGAAUUGAACUCAAAAACCCUUUACUUAUUCUGUCUUCCUAGCUACAUUGAAGUGCUUGGGAUACAUCUGUUGAUUGACCAUAACAUUCUUAGCUACACGAUACAUUCAAGAAAAUGAGGUGUACUACUCUUUGUUCUGCAUGGAAUGAAAGAAUUCAGUUUCAAAUUUUAGCCUUCAACAUCCCUUAAAGAAGCCCAUCAUUCCUUUUCUCUUCACACUGAAACAGGCAAUACUGAGAUUGGUAUCCUCACAAUGUGAUUCAAACUUCCUGUAAGAAUAAUCCCACCAAAGCUAUAGUCCUCCAUUGCUUGGGUCACAUUCAACUGUAUUUCCAAAUCCUGGGUUCCCUGUGGAACUAUGGUAAAUGAAGGUGGAUUCAAACUAACCAUUACUCCCUUUGGUGGUAUGACUGAGCACAGGUAUGUCUCUUGCUUGCUUCCUAUGUUCUUCACAUUUCGUCUCACUAACAGGGUUCCUCUUAGUUCUGAUAUUGUCACUGAAGGAAGGUUCAGGUCAGAGAGGUGGUUUAGCAACUGAGUACAUACUCCUCCGGUGAUUGCUCUGAUUGUAGCCGGAUUGACAUUGGGCAGAGAGCACAAGAAACUGAUGUAGUCUUCAAACCCUGCUUUGGGUAUGCAUAAAAACUUAUAGAAAAGAAUAGUAGCAGAAGCUCAAAUUGGUAAAUCUACAUCCAUACUAAAAAAGAACAGAAAGUAACCUGAUGUCAAGACAAGGCCUGGAUCAAUGGCAUGGUUUGGACUGAUGAAGCCAGCACCAAAAUCAAAAUGAGUUGAGAGAUACAAGCUGCCAAUAUCAUAUCCUUCAGCCAUUAUGGGUUCUCCAAGGUUAUCAACAAUGGUGGCAGUGGUGGACAUUGCAGAAGCAAUCAUAGAUGGAGUCCAUGAAGGGUUGUAUUGCUUGAUCAGAGCAGCUAUUCCCGCAACAUGAGGGGUCGCCAUGCUGGUACCAGACAAUAGAGCAAAACCGUAUCCUAAAAACCAGUGGAGUUUAGUUUGUGAAUCUACCAAUCUACCUUCAUAAACCAUUCUAAAAAAACUAUUAACUAAGCUGUGAUCAUAACAUAGAAUCCUGGGUAAAUUUCAGUUUUUUUUGGCAAAUAUACCAGAUAGGAUUGGAUCUAAGAUGCUAAUGGGGCUCCAAGCUGCCCAUACUUGGUGCCCUGGUGCCAAAAUAUCAGGCUUCAGCACAUCAACAGGCUUCCUACUUUUGUCAAUGAAAUCUGGUCCCCUGGAAGAGAAUCUGCUCACAAUGGGGGCUCGUCCAGUGAAAAAACUAAUUCUUCCCUCCCCUAUAGCUGCUCUCCCACUAAACCUGACUGCAAGUCCUGUCUGAUCUCUGUAUGUUUGCUGUUCAUAGUAUUGUGCUAUAAUCUGAAAAAACCAAGAAGAUAAGACAACUCAUUCUCAUUUACCUUUGGUUAAGAGCAUAGGCUAUAGUUUUCCAUUA